AUGGAACCAGUUGUAUCACAACCCGACGUUGUUUCAAAACCAGCUAAACUUGCCUAUAGUGUUGGUCAUGUUCUGAAUGACCUCACUGCAUCCAUGUGGUUUUCUUAUUUAUUAGUUUUCUAUCAUCGUAUUGUGAAUUUUACCAAUGCAUCGUCAGGUUAUUUACUAUUAAUUGGACAAAUAGCUGAUGCUUUAGCAACAACAUUCAUUGGUUUCGAAUCCGAUCGAACACGUACUGGUUUAUUUGGUUAUGGUCGAAGAAAAACUUGGCAUCUUAUUGGCGUUAUUUGUGUAGUUGGCUCAUUUCCGUUUUGUUUCAAUCUAUGCAUCGGAUGUGCAAAUAGUGAUUUAUGGGCACAAUUUAUUUACUAUGCAAUGUUUAUUGUUAUUUUUCAAUUUGGUUGGUCAUGUUCACAAAUUACUCAUUUGUCAAUGAUUAACGAAUUGACACAUAAAGAAGGUGAACGUGUUGCACUUAAUUCUUUUCGCUAUGCUUGGACAGUAGCAUCGAAUAUAUUUGUUUAUGCAAUCGCUAGUGUAUUAUUGGGUGUUCAUUCUGGUAAUGAUAAAACAGAUAUAACACCAGCUGAUGCACAUAUAUUUCGUACGUUAACAUUUACUGUUGUUGGCAUUGGUCUUUUCUGUAUGAUUAUGUUUCAUAUUGGCUUGAAAGAAUCGACAUUACCAGCCGAAGAAACCGAACAUCGUUUACAAUUAUCAUUGACUGCUAGUGGAAAAUUAAAGCGAAUGACAUGGAAAAAAUUCUUACUUGAAAAAGAAUUUUAUCAAUGUGCACUUAUUUGGAUGUUUACGCGUGUUAUUCUUAAUGUGACACAGGUAUUUCUACCAUUGUAUAUAAUUGACACAAUCUCAACGUUGAAUCGAGUAUUUGUUGCCAUUGCUCCCCUAUGCUCAUAUGUUAGUGGAUUAAUUGCAUCUUUUCCUAUGCGUGCAAUAAAUAAACGUCUAGGUCGAAAAGUCACAAUGAUUAUUGGUAUAAUGUUUGUACUUGCUAGUACAUUUUUAUUUUGGUUUAUUUUUAAAUUACAGCAUAUUGUGAGAGUUGAAGUAACAUUAACAAUUGCAUGUGUUUUACUCGGUAUUGGAACGUCAACAUCAAAUAUAUGUUCAUUUUCACUGACAUCUGAUUUAAUUGGUUUAAAUACGGAAUGUGGAGCAUUUGUCUAUGGAAUUAUGUCAUUUGCAGAUAAACUUGCUAAUGGUAUACUGAUUGCUACUAUACAGCAAUUUAAUCCAUGCAAAGCUGAUGCGACACAGAAGUGUGCAUUAUAUUAUAGACAAAUAUUAUCAAUUAUACCUGGUAUAGUUGCUAUUCUAACAGUUGUAAUGAUAGUAAGUAUAUGGAAAGUCAAUAUUGGUGGGAAUCGUCAUGAGAUGACUGAAGAAACAAAGACUACUUCUAUGCCAUGUAAUAAUCAUGUAAAUGAUGUUGAAUAUGAUGAAACAGCACCAUUGGUCGCUUGA